AAUCCUGACAUUUACUCUCAAAUUUUGAGAGCACAAAAAAUUAUCUGUUAUUUCAAUUCUCUUUGCCGAUGUCUAUUUUUGUUCCAUUUGUCAACUACUUCAUUUGUUUAUUAUUGUUGUUGAUUGUAGUGUAGAACAUUGGACUGGAUAAUGUUGAAAACAGCAGUUGCCUCCAGGUCACUCCAAUUUGGUCAAAAAAUUUCAUCAAGAGGUUAUGUUCAACAGCGUCAAAGCAGACUGUUCAACAUUGGCAAUAUCAUCAACAGAAAUCGUGGAUAUGAAAAAAAGGAAUUAUUGGGCUACUCAAUGCAGGAAAUGUUCUCUGUUGUAUCGGAUGUGAAAAAUUAUCAACAUUUUGUACCAUACGUCAAAAAAUCACAUGUACACACGGAGCGGAGCAAUGGCUUUAAAGCCGAUCUCAUUGUUGGAUUUCCCCCUCUUCACGAAGUUUACACAUCAAAUGUAACGCUACAAUCACCCACACUGGUGACAUCUGAAUGCACCGAUGGUCGACUUUUUGAUUACCUUCUUAACGAAUGGCGUUUUAGUCCUGGCCUGAAGGAUAUACCGCAGUCUUGUGUGUUAGAUUUCAAAGUGACUUUUCAAUUUAAAUCUUUAUUACACAGUAACAUUGCAAACCUGUUCUUCGAUUUGAUAUGUGACCAAAUGGAACAAGCUUUUGUGACAGAAGUGAGAAAACGUUACGGCGAUGCUUCUAUUAAAUCCCAUAUUUUGUCAUCGAAACGUUCAUGACCUUUAUGAAAUGAAUAAUUGAUAGAUAAGCUAUUGUUAUAUUUUUAUUUAUUAUCUAAGUUUAAUUUUUUUACCUUCAUACACUAAUUUGUUUUUUUUUUUUUGUUUUGUUGAACUUUUGUUUUAACGAAAUGUAAAUUUAGAAGUAUGUAUGUAAGCUACAUAUUUUCAAUAUUUGACAUUAAUGUAAUUAUUUUUUAACGAACGUUUCUGUAAUAUUGUAAAGUGUAUUGUUUAGAGCCAUGUGCUGAAUAAUGGGCGUAUAUUAACCAAAUAUAAACAAAGAAUAGUUAAUACUCGCAUAACUGUA